UGGUGCGACUGAUGCUAACCUUAAUUUCAAACAAAACUUAAAUAAAAUUGCAAUGAAUUAUUGUGCUUAGAGUUGUUUUUUUUUAUUUGAUUUAAUUACCUAAAACGCAAUGGAAGGUAAAAAAAUAUCAUUUGGUUACAAAACCAAAAAAGUGGAGAAACCUGUGGUCGUGGAACGAAAGGAGUAUAUAGAAUGUUUAGAGGAGAAAUCGAUCAAAGUUGUUGGCGGUGAAGUAGUAGAAGAAAAGGCACCUCUGGUCAUCGCUAUGAAGCCAAACACACUCAUCACAGCCGAAAGACUGCGGCAGAUAGCAGAAGAAGUAGAAAAAGGUGCAGAAGAGGUCCCAGCACCGGGAGAUAAUGGUACUACGGAUAAUGGGGCUAAGGAAAGUCAGACGGCAGAGAAUGAGACGUUAGACCAGAUGGCGGUGCGAGAGUUGCUCAAUCAGGCAAAGCAGGAGAAGAAGGAGGAAGGGCCGGUUCUGACGGUUGCUGUGCCAUCGCAACCCGUUUUGGAUGGACAGAAAGAGUCAACAUUGGAAGAUUAUGAUGCUGUGCCGAUUCAGGAAUUUGGAAUGGCAAUGCUCAGAGGAAUGGGUUGGACAGCAAGCAAAGACCAACAGGCAAAACACAAGCAGCCAGAACUGCGACCAAAAGGCUUGGGUUUGGGAGCCGAUAAAGUCAUCAAAGAGAACCAGAAAAAGAAUGUGUCCAAAGACAAGAAAGAUGAAGACCUGUCAAUCGUCAAAAACUCCUUUGUUAAGAUUACUACGGGGAAAUACAGCGGCUUAUAUGGAAAGGUGGUAAGCCUGGACGAAGACAACGGCCGUGUGAUGGUGGACAUUACCAUAAAGAAAGAGACGGUCAGCCUCAGCGAGUUCAUGAUGCAGCCUGUCUCUAAAUCGGAGUAUGACAAGCAGUCUAAAGUUAUAAAUGCAGAUUCCUACGAAGAGUACAAGAAAAACGAAAAUCAAAAGCCAAACCGCGACAAAAGAGAAAAGGAAGACCGAGAGGCGUCAUCCAGUCACAGAGAAAAGGAGAGAGAUAACGAUAGACCUAAAAAAGAGGACAGAAGUCGAAAAGACAAAGAAGACUCAAACGGAAGACAUAAAGAAAGGUAUAGGAGUCGAUCAAGAAGUAUCGAUAGACAUAGAAGGAAACAUAAGAAAAGAUACAGCAGUAAUUCAUCUAUAAGCUCAGAUGAAAGAACUAAAAAGAAGGAAAAACGUUACAGUUCUGACUCGAGCGAUUCCGAUGAUCAUAGAGAGAGACGGAAGACGGAUAAAAAGAGAGACAUUGAUAAGAAACGGAAGGGGAAAAAGAAGAAGCGAGAUAGAGAUCGCUCGCCUAAUUAUAGGAAACAUAGGAAGUAAGGUUAAAUAAAUCAUGAUUUUACAUAUGUA